AACACAUUCUUCCUAUGAUGUCAAACGUUUUUGCAUUCUUUUCUAUGAACCUCUUUUGAGUUUCCUUCGUAACCAAGCGGCUGGAUUUUCGUAUAAAUCAUGGGAAGGUACGCAAGGGAACCUGAUAAUGCCACUAGAUCAUGCAAAGCGCGUGGAUCAAACCUCAGGGUUCACUUUAAGAACACCUGCGAAACUGCAAACGCCAUCAGAAAAAUGCCUCUGAAGCGGGCAGUAGCAUAUCUGAAGAAUGUUAUUGAACAUAAAGAAUGUGUUCCAUUCAGGCGGUUCAAUGGUGGAGUUGGACGCUGCGCUCAAGCCAAACAGUUCGGCACAACACAAGGACGUUGGCCUAAAAAAUCAGCCGAAUUUUUACUGCAACUGUUGAGGAAUGCUGAAAGCAAUGCUGACUACAGCGGUCUAGAUGUAGAUGGCCUAAUUGUAGAUCAUAUACAGGUAAACCGUGCUCCAGCAUUAAGGAGGAGGACCUACAGGGCUCAUGGUAGAAUUAACCCAUACAUGUCGAGUCCUUGCCAUAUUGAGCUUUGGCUAACCGAAGAUGGCAAUGCAGAAAUUGAAUCGCCAAAAAAAAGUGAUAAGAAAGUAGCUGCUACUCAUUGAUGAAUAAAAAAUUUCAAAAUA